AUGGCUGUUCUCAUUGUAAUUCUUGGGGUAUUUUUUGGGCUCUGUAUUCUCAGUACCGCUUUACUUAGAUGGAAUGAGGUCAGGUACAGGAAGAAAGGAUUGCCCCCUGGAACUAUGGGGUGGCCAGUUUUUGGAGAGACAACUGAGUUUCUAAAACAAGGUCCAAGCUUCAUGAAGAACCAAAGAUCAAGGUAUGGGAGUUUUUUCAAAUCCCACUUAUUGGGUUGUCCUACCAUCGUUUCAAUGGAUCCAGAGGUAAAUAGAUAUAUUCUAGUGAAUGAAGCAAAAGGACUUGUCCCUGGCUAUCCUCAGUCAAUGCUAGACAUCUUAGGGAAAUGUAACAUUGCAGCUGUCCAUGGUUCUGCUCACAAGCACAUGAGAGGGGCAUUGCUUACACUUAUCAGCCCCACCAUGAUCAAACAGCAACUUCUGCCAAAAAUUGAUGAUUUUAUGAGAUCCCAUUUGAGCAAUUGGGAAAACAAAAACAUCGACAUCCAAGAGAAAACAAAAGAGAUGGCUUUUCUGUCAUCUCUGAGGCAAAUAGCAAGCACUGAAGCCAGCUCAAUCUCUCAAGCAUUCAUGCCUGAAUUCUUCAAGCUAGUACUAGGAACUCUUUCAUUGCCUAUAAACCUUCCCAAUACAAACUAUCAUCGUGGAUUCCAGGCAAGGAAAAAUAUUACAAGCUUGUUGAGAAAGCUUGUGGAAAAAAGAAGAGCUUCAGGAGAAACUCAAAAUGACAUGCUUGGUUUCCUAAUUAAUGGAGGAGAGAAGAAAUAUAAUCUAAAUGAUGAGGAGAUGAUUGAUUUGAUCAUCACAAUUUUGUAUUCUGGAUAUGAGACUGUAUCAACUACUUCAAUGAUGGCCGUAAAGUAUCUUCAUGAUCAUCCAAAAGUACUUGAAGAAUUAAGAAAAGAGCAUGUGGCAAUUAGAGAAAAGAAAAGGCCAGAGGAUCCUAUUGAUUAUAAUGACUACAAGUCAAUGCGCUUUACACGUGCGGUUAUCUACGAAACCUCAAGAAUGGCUACAAUAGUGAAUGGAGUUUUGAGGAAAACAACCAAGAAUAUGGAAAUAAAUGGAUUUAUUAUUCCCGAAGGAUGGAGGAUAUAUGUUUACACGAGAGAGAUUAACUAUGAUCCACACCUUUAUCCUGAUCCAUUAACCUUCAAUCCAUGGAGAUGGCUGAACAAAAGCCCAGAGUACCAAAACUAUUUCUUCAUAUUUGGAGGAGGUACUAGACAGUGUCCUGGAAAGGAGCUUGGAUUGGCAGAAAUUUCUACAUUCCUUCAUUACUUUGUGACAAGAUACAAUUGGGAAGAAAUAGGGGGAGACGAGCUGAUGAAAUUUCCAAGGGUUGAAGCACCAAAUGGACUUCACAUUAGGGUUUCCAGUAACUAA